UGAGGGUUGUUUCAACUACUCAUGACUGAUAGAAAAGAAGGAGUUGAUGUUCUCUGGCCUGAGUUUACUGGUCAGCGAAAAGGCUUAAAACUGCAACCUGUAGUUUACAUUCUUAUCCCACUUGAUUCCUGCUUUAGGGUUUUUUCUGCUGUCUUAGGGGAUGUUUUAUCAUUAAACAGCUUUAACUUUUAAGAUAAUAAAAUCCUUGCAGUUUAGACUUCUGGUGUACUUAUCUAAGCAUCUUCCUUUGGAGAAAAAUAAUUUACUAAGACUUGUAUGUUCAAAGUAAAAUUUGAGGACUUCUAACAAUGGUAGGCUUUUUUAAAGCUAAAAAGUCAUCUUUCUUAAGAUCUUGCUGUUGCCAACAUGUAUGUUUAGCUGUAAUAAAAUGCCAGAAGUGUAAGAUUAAUUAUAUCAGUUGUUUUUCCAGUUGAAUUCUAGACAGCAGGCUUGAGAAAUGCCUGAUAGGGUGCUAGCUAGCUACUUGCCAUCUGGAUCAGAGUCUAAAACUAAAAUAAGAUUAUACUAUUUGGAAUUAUUACGCUGUUUCUUCUGCACUUGUGUUGAAAUGGUAUCUGUCAUCAGCAUGCUCCUUUCUCUUUCUGUACUAAGAAACUGAAUAAUGUUUUAAGGUCAUUACUUUUUGCUAAACACCAUGAAAGUCUUAGAAAUUUUCCUUUGCAAAUAACGUUUUAAUCCCUGGUAUGUAAUUUUUCACUGAAUUUAAGGAUAACAUUUUGAGCUUACUCAUAUCCUAGAAGUAAUCCACUUUUACUAGCGAAUAUGAAUAUCAAAGGAAGAAAAAGUUUGCUCAAAUUUUUAAAGUCCUUGUUUUUAAAAGUUAAGGAUUAAUGUUUUGCACAGAGAGCUGUUUAACUUAUUGUUUUUAAGGGUUUGGUUUGCCAAACUUAUUGAAUGCAGGUCAAGUUAAUAUUAAGGCAUUAGUUGGAUUGUGAGUAUUUUCAGAGGUUUUACUUUUUAAAUGACUAUCAACAAUUUGGGUUUUUAGAAUAUUAGAGUUUUAUUUAAAAAUCUUCAAAGACUAGGAAGAGUACUGAAGGUAUUGCCUACAGUAUGUAAGACAAGGGAGUUCUGAAAAACACGGUUCCAGUUAGCAGAGGAAACUAGGUUUGAAACUUUGUGCUUCAUGUUUUGCUUAUAUGUUACUGUUUUCUUGUUUGUUUUUUGCAGGGUUUUUUUUUUUUUUUUGGUAAUGUCGUUAAUUAUUUUACUUAAUGCCUACUGGUUUUAAGCUCUUUAACUGUUGGUUUGCCAAUCUGUAAAAUGGGAUUAAUAAAACCUACCUCAGAAAGAUUUUGGGUGGGUUAAGUGAGUUCGUGAAAACAUGCCAACACUAUCUAACAGAAGUUUUUAUGUUAAUACUUUUUCUGUGUAAGAGAAAUGUACUUGCAAUUGUUCACUAGAUUAUUUGGCGAAAAACUUGAAACAAAAUGAAAACAAUGGCGCUUAGAAUAUCUUUGCUAGUUUUUAAAACAUGUCUGCCUUUAAAAGUUAGGUAUUUACUAAUACCAGGAGCAGCUUUCACGCCUCCCAGGCAUUCGCCCUCCCAUCAAAUUUUUUAUGGGAGACCAGCUCACCCUGACUCAAGGCGAGGCGGGUGUCCUGCCAGGGUGCGGAGUAGGCCUGCUUGCCUGCAGUGGAUCCUGUGGAACCUUGCAGUUGAACUUGUUUAUGCAGCGGCUGUCAGUUUCUGAUUAGCCCAGCCUCGCCCAUGUUUUGACCUAUACAAGUUUGCUUUACAAGCUGUUCCCAGGAUGGCUAAAUUAGACCAGUCACGAGUAGGAGCUCCUCGGAGAGACGUGGAGCUAUUUCCUAUGACAGUUCUGAUCAGACUGCGCUGUACAUUCGUAUGCUAGGAGAUGUACGUGUAAGGAGUCGAGCAGGAUUUGAAUCAGAAAGAAGAGGUUCUCACCCCUACAUUGAUUUUCGUAUUUUUCACUCUCAGUCGGAGAUUGAAGUCUCUGUCUCUGCAAGGAAUAUCAGACGGUUACUAAGUUUCCAGCGGUAUCUUAGAUCUUCACGCUUUUUUCGUGGAACUACCGUUUCAAGUUCUCUAAACAUUUUAGAUGAUGAUUAUAAUGGGCAAGCCAAGUGUAUGCUGGAAAAAGUUGGAAAUUGGAAUUUUGAUAUCUUUCUAUUUGAUAGACUAACAAAUGGAAAUAGUCUAGUAAACUUAACCUUUCAUUUAUUUAGUCUUCAUGGAUUAAUUGAGUACUUCCAUUUAGAUAUGAUGAAACUUCGUAGAUUUUUAGUUAUGAUUCAAGAAGAUUAUCACAGUCAGAACCCCUACCAUAAUGCAGUCCAUGCUGCAGAUGUCACUCAGGCCAUGCACUGUUACUUAAAAGAACCCAAGCUUGCCAAUUCUGUGACCCCCUGGGAUAUCUUGCUGAGCUUGAUAGCAGCUGCCACUCAUGAUCUGGACCAUCCAGGUGUCAAUCAACCUUUCCUUAUUAAAACAAACCAUUACUUGGCAACUUUAUACAAGAAUACCUCAGUCCUGGAAAAUCACCACUGGAGAUCUGCAGUGGGCUUGUUGAGAGAAUCCGGAUUAUUCUCACAUAUGCCGUUAGAAAGCAGGCAGCAGAUGGAAACUCAGAUAGGUGCUCUGAUACUAGCCACUGACAUCAGUCGCCAGAAUGAGUAUCUGUCAUUGUUUCGGUCCCACUUGGAUAGAGGCGACUUACGCCUGGAAGAUGCCAGACAUAGGCAUUUGGUCUUACAGAUGGCUUUGAAAUGCGCUGAUAUCUGUAACCCGUGUCGGACCUGGGAAUUAAGCAAGCAGUGGAGUGAGAAAGUAACAGAGGAAUUCUUCCAUCAAGGGGAUAUUGAAAAAAAGUAUCAUUUGGGAGUGAGUCCACUUUGUGAUCGUCAGACUGAAUCUAUUGCCAACAUCCAGAUUGGUUUUAUGACUUACCUGGUGGAGCCUUUAUUUACAGAGUGGGCCAGGUUUUCGAACACAAGGCUGUCACAGACCAUGCUUGGCCACGUGGGGCUCAAUAAAGCCAGCUGGAAGGGACUGCAGAGAGAACAGUCCAGCAGUGAGGACACUGAUGCUGCAUUUGAGUUGAACUCACAGUUAUUACCUCAGGAAAAUCGGUUAUCCUAACCCCAGAACCAGUAGGAAAAACUGCCUCCUGGAGGUUUCUAGAAAUGUGAAAUGGGGUCUUGAGGUGAGAGAACUUACUCUUGACUGCCAAGGUUUCCAAGUGAAUGAUGCCAGCAUUAUUUAUUUCCAAGAUUUCCUCUGUUGGAUCAUUUAAGCUCACUUUUUAACUGUAAGACCUGAACACAUAGCAAUAUGCAUUGGCUUUUGUGUGAAACCUUGAUUAUGCAAAGCCCAGCAGGAGAGUCCAAAAGAAGGAGCGAAGGAUGACUUGAGGUGUGCCACGUGUUUUUCAGAGCAUUUACUCUUCAAACCCUGAAACUUGAACCGAACCUCUCAGCAGCAAUCUCUUGGAAUUUAACCAGUCUGAUGGAACAAUGUCUAUCUGUACCUUCCACUAAGUUCUCUCUGAGAAAACGGAAAUGUGAAGUGCCCAGCCUCUGCUGCCUCUGGCAAGACUCAAUGUUUACAAAUCAACUCUGAAAAUAUGGGUUCUAAAUUGCCUUGGAGCAUGAUUGUGAAGGAACCACUGAAAAAGAAAAAAGAAAAAAAAACAAAACAAAACUCACUGAUCAAACUUUAGACUGCAGCUCUUUCCCCUGGUUUGCCUUUUUUUCUUCCUUGGAUGCCACCAAGGCCUCCCAUUUGCUAUGUUUUUAUUUUGUGCACUGGAAACAGCAUUUAUCAUAGAAAACCACCAAUCUUACAACUCCAGUGCUGUUUGGCAAUGCAAUUUUUUUUUUUAACUCUUAGUUAGUUUUUAAUUUGGGGCGGGAGGGGAAGAACACCAGUGUCCUAGCUGUCCUUUGAUUGUGCAGUGGAGACAUUGCAUGUUGUUUUCACUACUGUACACUUGACCUGCACAUGCAAGAAAAAGGUGGAAUGUUUAAAACACCAUAAUCAGCUCAGGGUAUUUGCCAAUCUGAAAUAAAGUGGGAUGGGGAAGUGUGUCCUUCAGAUCAAGGGUACUAAAGUCCCUUUUGCUGCAGUGAGUGAGAUAUGUUGUGUGUGGGUGUGUGUUUGUGUGUAUAUUUGUGCAUGUGUGACUGUGCAUGUUACGUUUAAUCUACAUGGGAAAGGAUUGGAAAUGUAAGCUUUUAUUUAUUCUUGCAGAAUGUGACAAAAUGAGCAGCCACACUUGGGGAGGGGAAGGUAGGUAAGCUGUAACCGAUUGCUCCAGUUGCCUUAAACUAUGCACAAAGCUACGUGACCAAAUUUUCGUUUUGAUUUGAAAAAAAAAAGUGCAUUGUUUUCUUGUCCCUCCCUUUGAUGAAACAUUACCCUUUGAUGGGCCUUUUGAUGUGAACAGAUGUUUUCUAGGACAAAAAUUUAAGGACUAAUUUUAAACUUAAAACAUUCCACUUUUGUAAUUUGUUUUCAAUUGUUUUAUGUAUAGUAAGCACAACUGUAAUCUAGUUUUAAGAGAAAUCGGUGCUUUCUUUUAGUUCAUUUGUAUUUCCCUUGUUACUGUAAAAGACUGUUUAUUAAUUAUGUUUACAGUUUGUUGCAACAGCCAUUUUCUUGGGAGAAAGCUUGAGUGUAAAGCCAUUUGUAAAAGGCUUUGCCAUACUCAUUUUAAUAUGUGCCUGUUGCUGUUAACUUCUGAUGAAUAAAAACCUAUCUUUUCACA